AUGCUCACGGAUAACAGCACAGACUGCAGUGAAAAUCCAAUUACUGAGAGCAUAAAGCAGCGUCAUAGAUUGGAUCAUGUGCCCUCCCUGCCAUCCGACUUAAAGGCAGCCUUUCCGCCAGGAGGCGAUAUUCUAACACCUGGAAAGGAGAUGCAUCGAGUAGCUGGCACGGUAGCAUUGGAUGAAGUGGGACGUGAUACCGAGGUUUGGAGUCAAACCCGCCAGAAGCCGGACGGACUAGACUCGGUACCCAACACUCGUUCAGAUGAUCGCAACAGUAGUGACUUACCGGAAGAUGCGGACAUGCUAUUCGACCUCAUUGACGAGAAGACCAUUGAGAACAAGAAGCUGCGAGAACAGCUUCGCAUACUCGACUCCAAGCAGCAGGAUCAGUUACAGGAGGCUCGGCAGGAGAUUGCAGUGAGCAAAACCAACUACGACGCCCUCAAGGUGGGUGGCAUUUGCCUUGUCUUCCCCCUGAAUGCCACGGUUGGUCAGUUUUCCUCAGUCAAAUGGAGGAGACCAGAGCUUGUGAAAUCAGCCACAUCUCCACACAGCCUUCAAUUUGAAGCUUCGCAGUGA